UCAGGUUCACGUGCUACAACGCAGCUGCUGACGAACAUCCGGGUAUUCUGUCGCGAUGGUCAUGGCGGAGGGUACUGCAGUUCUCAGGAGGAAUCGGCCUGGAACCAAGGCAAAGGAUUUCUACAACUGGCAGGAUGAAUCAUUUGAGGAGAUGGACAGCACCCUGGCUGUUCAACAGUACAUUCAGCAGAACAUUAGAUCAGAUUGCUCAAAUAUCGACAAAAUCCUAGAGCCUCCGGAGGGCCAGGAUGAAGGGGUGUGGAAGUACGAACACCUCAGGCAGUUCUGUCUGGAGCUCAAUGGACUAGCCGUAAAACUGCAGAGCGAGUGCCAUCCAGACACCUGCACCCAGAUGACGGCCACAGAGCAGUGGAUCUUUUUAUGUGCUGCCCACAAGACACCCAAAGAGUGCCCUGCCAUUGAUUACACCAGGCACACGCUGGACGGAGCUGCCUGUCUUCUCAAUAGCAACAAAUACUUCCCCAGCAGGGUGAGCAUCAAGGAGUCAUCAGUGGCAAAACUGGGCUCCGUCUGUCGUCGCAUCUAUAGGAUAUUCUCUCAUGCCUACUUCCACCAUCGCCAGAUAUUUGACAAGUAUGAGAAUGAAACGUUCCUGUGUCACCGGUUCACACGCUUCGUCAUGAAAUACAACCUGAUGUCCAAGGACAACCUGAUCGUGCCCAUUCUGGAGGAGGAAGUGCAGAACACCUCAUCAGCUGGGGAGAGCGAGGCCUAAAGAUCCGAGCUGCUGCUGCCACAAAGGGAGACACAUGUACACGCACACACAAAUAAAUAUAUAUAUAUACACACACACACACACACACACACACACACACACUACGGUGUAUUGAGGCUCAUGUCUAGUAACACUGUCAUGUCCCUCCACCCUUGUCAACUGUGUCUAUCUCAAAGGAAGUAAGGGGUAAAGAAUAACGGGAGCGGAGUUCAGCCAUGCCUGCAGGACAAGAUUAUUUUUUUUCCUAUCCCCUUUACACUGUUUAUUCAGAUGCACACCGUGUCUCUGGAUACAGCCCCUGCUCUCACACUACUCCUGUAGGGAGACCCCUUUUUUUGUAAUCUUUUAGCAGCUGGAUUUGCAAAAUGUAAUCAUGGUGACCUGUAUUGUUGACAAAGGCACAACCUGACAGCAUCUCUCUUCCCCCUCUGUACAUAUCUUCCCUCCCCCACACUUCUCUUAAUUCACCAUCAUGUUUUCUGAUGGUGCUUCACUGUUUUGUGUCUGCUUCUGUUCUCUCUAUUCGCUUGUGUUGCCUACCAGCCUGUUUUUCGGGGAGGGUUGUCCCAUGAAGUGGAUCACUAAAGUAGCUGCUGACUCAAUAAUGCUAUUAAAACACAGAUGUAGGUAUGUGGCUUGUGUGGUAGUGAACGAAGACAAACGUAAUCUCUAGCUUUGUAAGUAUACUAGCAGUCGGAUAUUCCUUCCCCUGAGAUGGUGUUUCAGCGUAUUUUAGGAAGGCUUGUUGGCUAACUCUGAUCCUGCUUUGUGGCGUGCCCGUUUUAAUACUGUGUACAAUGAGCCUGACAUUCCCACUUUCCUUUGUAGAAACCAUGACUUUAUGGGACUGUAAUGCUUUCGGACAGUUUUCUCAAACACAUUGACGAGUAAAACGCAAAGAAAGGAGGAAAUGUUGGCUACAUUUAAGUGUCAGAGCACUACUCCCCUCCCCUCCCUCAUUAAGUUAUUUUGUGGUCUUGUAAUCCAAACCCACAUUUUUUUCUUACUUUUUUUUUUUUUUUUAAAUGGACUAACAUUUUGUUACUGUUGGCAUUUUCAUGAUGUCUGAUAAUAAAGACCUAUUCAGGUGGUU